UUAAUGAUAAUGACGUUUUUUAAUAUAAUUAUCUUUCACUGUGUGUUUUAUUUCACAAACCAUAUCCUGAAGAAAAUACGAAUUACUCGAUUUUCUUCCCAUCGUAAUUGUUAUCGAUAAAGUAAACAGUAAUUUGAAAUUAAAGAAUGAAGAUGUUUUCUAUAUUUGCAAUAAUAUCUCUGUUCCUUCUUUAUGAUGGAAAAUGCUCCGAUCUACAAAAACGAGACACAACUGAAUCUAAUAAAUAUAUUGAUGAUUUAAUCGAAAGUACUAAAGCAGAAUUCGGCUAUAAAAUUGAACCUUACCUUCCUGAAGACAUUUCUUAUGGAUUUGAACGAAAAGUGAUGUUCGUUACAUUUAAUGGAGAAUUACUAUUUAAAGACAUGUCAAUCAGCGGCAUAACAUCGGUAUAUCGAGAUGGAGAUUCAAAAAUGACCGUAGAUAAUGACGUUAAAAAAAUCACAUGUAAUUUAGGAAUGGGAGUGUUAGAAUUAGAUUCAAACGUAAAACUUUCGUUUAUGAAAAUGGGUUAUACUUUAAAACUACAAGGAGAAAUUGGCCAUGUUUCAGUUCACGUGGAAGCUAGUGAUGAACCCGGAAAAUCGCCGAAGAUUGAUAAAGUAGAAAUUUAUGAUAUGAAAGGAGUGGAAGCAAGAUUAAGCGGCUUGGGUCCUAUGAAUUAUAUGCUAAAUCAAUUAAUUGAAAUAUCUUUAAAAGUUUUUAAAGGUAAAGUUAAGGCAAAACUGGAAAACAAACUACAAGAAGUAUUUGAAGAUGCCAUUAAAAUUACCACAUUUCCUGGAUAUUAAUAUAAAUUCUAUUAAACGAAAAUAAACUCCUUGUUUAAUUUAAACUUAUUUUUUUUUUUAUUUAAUUAAUAGUUAAUGAUAUGAUUCAUAAUGAUUAUUAGAGUAAUUUUUAACCGUAAACUUUGAGCCCCGAAGAUCUGAAGGGCCGCACUGCUUGAAUACUUUUAAUACUUUAUAUUAGAUUGUAAAUUAUAUAGGCCUAUAUAUUAUCAUCAAAUGAAG